UAUAAGUAGGAUAUCAUUGUAAUAGUGCUAUUUCAAGUAUCAAUCAUGCUAGUUACUUCCCUCGUGUUUUUCCUGUUUUGUGGUGCAGGGUUGAGGUGCUCACCUAUCUCAGAAGAUGGUGUGAAAGAUCUCAAUGGUAACAACAUCGAUUCUGAGUCUGACCUUAUAAAACCAGCCACCUCACCUGAUGAAGAGUCAGGUAAAAUGGUCGAAACUUGGGAGGAGAUCUCCGGUGUGAAUCCAGAAGAAAUGGGGAACUACUUCGAAGGUGAUAUAAUGCUACCACCACGAUCUGUAUCGAGGAAUGGUUUAAGAAAUGAAACAUUUCGUUGGGAAAAUGCUAUCAUCCCCUAUGUUAUAGAAGGAUAUUUCUCCAGUAAUGCCAUGAAUUUGAUCAAAAAGGCUAUGGAUAUUUACCACAAAUAUACCUGUAUAAGAUUCGUGCAAAGGAAGAGUUCAGACGUGGACUACAUCGCCAUAACCAGCGGAAAUUCAGGCUGUUGGUCAAACGUUGGCAGGGUUUCUGGCAAGCAAGAGGUCAACCUACAAACCCCUGCUUGUACAACGAAAGUUGGAACUAUUUUGCAUGAAUUGAUGCAUGCCUGUGGAUUCUACCACGAGCAAAAUCGACCAGAUAGGGACGACUACGUCACUGUGAGCUUCCAGAACAUCAAAUCUGGCCACGAAUCUAACUUCAAGAAAGCCACUCCGGAGUCUACAAAUGAUUUUGGCGUAACUUACGAUUAUAGAUCAGUAAUGCACUACUCAGAACAUGCAUUCUCGAAAAAUGGAAAAGCUACCAUUAUUCCAAAGGUGUCUGAAGCAUCUGGAAAAAUGGGGCAAAGGGAUGGUUUCAGCAGGAAGGAUUUGAUGAAGCUGAAUGCGAUGUACAAGUGCCCAAACGUACCAGCAGAAUUCACCACCCAAGCUCCUGAACAAAGCAAUGGAGGUGGUGGUUCUAGUAGUGGAGGUGAUAUUUUAUCUGCCAUCUUCAGUUUUCUAGAUAAAAAGAAAUAAGAAAUAAUAGAAAGAAUACAGU